AUGGAGGUAUUAAACUGUAGUCUCAUUUUAUUCUCAUUGUGUGUUUUGUUGUGGGGUGUGGCAGGCCAAUAUGAAUGGCAAAUACGUGAUGCUUUUGAUGAAAUCCGAGGAAAAAUGGACAAAGUCAACGAAGAUAACUGCUAUAUCACUCAUUUGGAUGAUCUAUUCCUUCCAAAAGAUUCAGUUUCCCAUCAUCCGGAUGUAAAAGAAAUAAAUAUAAACCCUAUAUUUCCCAAUCGGACGGCUUUGUUACAUUUGCAUAACAUGGCUAUGACCAGGGCGUUUUUCUGGAGUUAUAUCCUCCAAUCUAGAUUCAUACGUCCCGCUAUUAAUGAUACUUACGAUCCAGGAAUGAUGUACUACUUCUUAUCGUCUGUAGCCGAUGUUUCAGCCAACCCGUACAUCAACGCCAGUUCUAUAUACUUCUCACCCAACAUGUCUUACACUUCUUCCUACCGAGGAUUCUUCAAUAAAACUAUGCCCAGAUUCGCGCCAAGAGCUUUCCGAGCCGACGACUUUAAUGAUCCCGUACAUUUACAAAAGAUUUCGACUUUGAACACGUUCUUCGUAGAAGAUUUGGGCGCAUUCGACCCCGAGAGCCUUUCUAAGGAUUACACAUCAGAUUUCUAUAGAACUAACGAGUGGUAUUCUUUAUGGUUGCCGGACAAAGUCAAUAAGAGACAUGACACGAAAACUACAUAUCAAGUUGAGAUCAGAUAUGCCAAUAAUACUAAUGAAACAUUUACAUUUCACGGACCACCAGGAAACGACGAGGUUCCAGGGCCAGUGAAUUGGACAAAACCAUAUUUUGACUGCGGCCGUCUCAAUAAAUGGCUAGUAGGAGCAGUAUCUCCUAUAGCUGAUAUAUAUCCUCGACACACACAGUUCAGACACAUUGAAUUCCCAUUAUAUACAGCAACUGUAGUUAUGGAGAUUGAUUAUGACCGGAUAGACAUCAACCAGUGUCCUAAAGGCCCCGGGAACCAGGGGCCUAAUAGGUUCGCUUCAACUGAUAGGUGUAAGAAUGAAACGACAGAGUGUGAGCCAAUCCACGGGUUCGGUUUCCGUCGCGGCGGCUACCAGUGUCGCUGUAAGCCCGGCUACCGGCUGCCCGGGGUCGUUAGAAGACCCUACCUCGGAGAGAUCGUUGAGAGAGCCACCGCUGAUCAAUAUUAUAACAACUUUGAUUGUUUGGAAAUCGGAUGGAUCCAACGCCUGCCAGUUCAGUGGGAGCGCGCUCACCCCUUCCUGCGAGCGUUGUACAUGGACCGCUACUACGAGUACGUGAACACGACGCCCGGCCGGGACUCGUUACACGCAGAGAGGGUCAACGUGUACGACGUGCUCAACUACAUACGAGGAGUGCAGCCGCAUAACUGUUCGCUGUAUAACCCAACAGAUUUGUUCCUCAAUGGUGACAUAGCUUUUGGUGCGGAGGAACAAUUUGAGAACCAAGCCAAGAUGGCCGUCAGGUUGGCCAACUUCAUAAGUGCCUUUUUACAGGUAUCAGAUCCUAAGGAAGUGUUCAGCGGCACGAGAGUGGCUGACAAACCUCUCACAGAGGAUCAAAUGUUAGGAGAAACACUCGCAUUAGUUUUGGGUGAUUCAAAGGUUUGGUCGGCAGGUACAUAUUGGGAUCGGAAUAAAUUCACCAAUCGGACGUUCUUUGCACCGUUCGCUUACAAGACUGAGUUGAAUACAAGGAAGUUUAAAUUAGAGGACUUAGCAAGACUCAAUAAAACAGAGGAAUUAUACACAAACAAACCGUGGUUCCAAUUCCUAAAACAGCGCUGGUCUAACAACUUCGAUAGCCUGGAGAAAUAUUUCCUCAAAAUGAAGAUACGUAACGAUGAACUCGGUAAAUACUUGAAGCAGUAUGAGAGGUACCCGACGUACUACAGAGCGGCGAGCAUUAAACAUGGACAUUGGACACAGCCGUACUACGACUGUGAUGGACAUCUCAAACAAUGGGUUGUGACAUACGCCGCGCCAUUCUUCGGAUGGGAUAACGUUAAAGUUAAACUGGAAUUCAAAGGGGUGGUAGCUGUCACCAUGUCUUUAAUGCAGCUAGACAUCAAUCAAUGUCCCGACAAGUAUUACAUACCCAAUGCUUUCAAGAGCACAGACAAGUGUGAUAGAAGCUCCUCUUAUUGCGUCCCAAUACAAGGCCGAGGUUUCGAAGCCGGUGGCUACAAGUGCGAGUGUCUCCAAGGCUUUGAAUAUCCCUUCGAAGACCAAACAACGUACUACGACGGUCAAAUCGUAGAGGCGGAGUUCCAGAACAUUAUAGAAGACAAACAAACAAGGAUUGAUAUGUUCAAAUGCAGGCUGGCUGGAGGCAGUGCGAUCAAGGCUGAUCUUAUUCUCAUUAUAGCUUUAGCUAUAUUUAUAUGGUGGAAAUGA